AUGGCUUCUCCGGCCACGACAACAACCACGACCACCACGGUUGGGCCGACCGCAACCACAACGUCCGGUUCGUCCGGAUUCAGCUGCUGUCCGGCGAACGGUGAAAGCUCGUCGAUCGACGAUUCGAUCGAGCUGAACGACGGCCAGGAAGGAGGCAACAACAACACCGUGUACCACAACGGGCUGCUGGAGAAGCAGGACUAUCGCUUCCCGAAGCGACCGCCGGUGGACCUCGUGUUCCGCGAUAUCCGCUACGACGUGAAGCGGUUCAACAUCUCCAAGGCAAAGUUUGAAUCCAAAGAAAUUCUUCAUGGCCUGAAUGGAUCGUUCAAGUCGGGUGAGCUGACGGCAAUUAUGGGACCUUCCGGGGCGGGUAAGAGUACCUUGCUCAACAUCAUGGCAGGUUAUGUUUCGUCCGGUGUCAGCGGAAUGGUGCAGGUGAAUGGUAAAAGUCGAUCGCACAACUCGGAGAGCUUCCGCAAGCUGUCAUGCUACAUCCAGCAGCACGACGCCCUUCGACCCUGGCUGACGGUGAACGAGGCCAUGAUCUGCGCGACGCACCUGAAGCUCGGCUUCGGCAUCAGCAUGGACGAGAAGCGCAAGCUGAUCGAGAAGAUCCUGUUCAUGCUUGGGCUGGAGCAGAAGGGCAGCACGCCGACGAUGGGUCUCUCCGGUGGCCAGAAGAAGCGGCUGGCCAUCGCACUGGAGAUGAUCAGCAACCCGCCGAUCCUGUUCCUGGACGAACCGACCACCGGACUGGACAGUUCGUCCUGUACGCAGUGUAUUUCGUUGUUGAAACGGUUGGCGCAGGAUGGGCGAACGAUCGUCUGCACGAUCCACACGCCCAGUGCGCUGCUGUUCGAGAUGUUCGACCAGCUGUACACGGUGGUGCAGGGUCACUGCUUCUACCAGGGACCGACGAACGAGAUGCUGCCGUUCCUGGGCGACCUUGGCUAUCAUUGCCCAAGCUAUCACAAUCCGGCCGAUUUCAUGAUGGAAAUAGCGGUCGGUGAGUAUGGGGCCGACGUGGGAAAGAUUAUCAAGGCCGCGCUGAAGAAAUAUUACGAAAUCAGCAGCCGGUGCAUCGAUCUGGAUUCGACGUUCGAUGAUAACGUUAAGUCCAUCGAAAGUUACUCGAUGAGAGAAAAGGGAGAAGAAAUGUGCACCUUGCGGAAGGAAGCGGAAUCGAUGGAGACAACGUCGUACGACGAAGAGGACAUUUUUUCGAAGACGAAACCAGCUUCCCUAGUGAUGCAGUUUCUGCUACUGUUCUAUAGAAAUUUACUAAUGACGCGGCGAAACUACUUUUUGCUCUCCUGCAGAAUCUUGGCCCAUGCGGUGAUAGCUACGGUCUUCGGGUACCUUUACAGUGGCGUUGGCCCAAACGCCAACCAAGUUUUGGCGAAUUAUGUGUACCUUUAUGGCUCGAUGCUGGUGAUGGUGUAUACGGGAAAGAUGGCUGUUGUACUUUCAUUCCAAAUCGAGAUGGAAUCUCUAACGAGAGAGCAUUUCAACCGAUGGUACAAGCUGGGUCCUUACUUCCUAUCUGUGCUGGUCCUUGAAAUUCCGGUGCAGAUUUGCUGCUCUAUGAUAUACGUGGUGAUCAGCUACCAUCUGACCGGGAACUAUGUCAACUUUGAGCGGUUCUGUGUGUUUGCGUUGUUUUGUAUUGCUGGCUCGAUCUGUGCCCAGUCGUGGGGAUUCUUCGUCGGUGCAACGCUCUCUGUAAAGCUUGCCGUUUUCAUCGGACCGAUCUUGGCGGUGCUGUUCUCGGUGUUUGGCUUCUGCACUCGGUACGUUGACAUAACGCCGGUAUUCAAGUGGAUGUGGCACAUCAGCUACUACCGGGCGAGCUUCCACGGUAUCCUGAACUCGGUGUACGGCAUGAACCGUGAGGAUCUGCACUGCCCGGAGACGCAGAUCUACUGCCACUUCAAGAACCCGGUGCUGUUCCAAAAGGACAUGGAUAUCGAGCACGUCGAUAUGCAGUCGAACAUGGUGCUGAUUACACUUAUCAUCAUCACGAUGUACAUAAGCACGAUCUUUGUACUGUGGUAUAAAUUGAACAAACGGUGUUUCGUGAACCGUUACUCACGGCGCGACGUGCAGAGGACUGCACUCUGGACGGCCACGGCAGUGCAUCAUCAUCAUCGACACCAACACGCUGCACCAACGUCGAAGCAGGUUGCCUCAGGAAGGCCCUCAGAAACCCUUCAAGAAGAGAAUUACUGUGCACGAUCAGCACGAGCUGAGGAAGAAAUGGCUGAGGAAGCAUACGAAAUGAAAAUGGCACCCGAUGUGACACAGGGAACCAGCGCCGAGGAAACCGUUCCCAUCGUCGGAGGUAUCGGUGCCCGGCGGCCCAGCGCGGCCAAGCUAGAACCGCUGCUCAUCCCCGAGCGACCGGGCGCGGAGCACGAUCAGUACGCGGCCCCUUCGCUCGUCGCCGCCCGACUCUUCAAACCGGUUACGGUCGGGUUUAAGAACCUGUCGUACUCGGUACGCAACGGAAUAUUUCGAAAAGGUCGGGACAUACUGAAAGAUAUCAGCGGCGAGUUUCGGGCGGGAGAGCUGACGGCCAUCAUGGGCCCGUCCGGGGCUGGCAAGAGCACCCUGCUGGAUAUCUUGGCCGGAUUCACGGAAGGGGGUUUUACCGGAGAAAUUCUCGUCAACAAGCAGCAUAGGGAUCUGAAACGAUUCCGACGAUUGUCCGCGUACAUUAUGCAGGAUCACGAUCUGCAGCCACAUCUGACCGUACUGGAGGCGAUGCAUUUCUCGGCCAAUCUCAAGAUCGGUGCCGAACUCAGUCCAGCUAGCAAGAAAAUACGCAUGAACGAAAUACUCCGCGCCAUCGGGUUGCACGAGUCGAAGAAAACGCGCACGGGAAAGCUCUCGGGCGGACAGAAGAAGCGCCUGGCGAUCGCACUGGAGAUCGUCAACAAUCCGCCGGUGAUGUUCUUCGACGAGCCGACGAGCGGCCUGGAUAGCUCCACAUCAACCCAGUGUGUGGCAUUGCUGAAGCAGUUGGCUCGCGAGGGUCGCACGAUCAUCUGCACUAUCCAUCAGCCGUCCGCGCUGCUGUUCAACAUGUUCGACCAUCUGUACGCGGUGGCCGAGGGUGAAUGCAUAUACACCGGCGGCACCGGGAACAUCGUGUCGUUCCUCAAGGAGCUGGACAUCGUUUGUCCAGAGCACUACAAUCCUUCUGAUUACCUAUUGGAGAUCGCCACACACGACUAUGGUCGCCUGAAUGAUAGUCUAGUCGAAAAGAUGAUGAACGGACAGAGCCACUUCUACCGGAACCCGGAACCGUUCUCGCCCGCGUACGAGAGCAAGCUGAUGCCAAUCAAAGAGUCGUCGCCCGGCAGCCCCGAUGGGCCGAUGGUGCUGUUGGAGAUGCCAGUGUUCCCGGAGAACGACCAAGCCCAGCGAACGGUAUCGCCCACGCUGGCCAAGCCAAAGAAACUCGCCAAGAAGCUUUCCUUCAAUCCGGAAAAGUGGUGCGGCCGGGACGAGGUGUACACGACCAGCUUCUGCCGGCAGUUCUAUCUGCUGCUGUUGCGCACGUUCCUGAUACUGAGCCGCGAUCGGUCGCUCAUGACGAUGCGCUUCGUCAUACACGCCCUCAUAGCGCCGCUGAUUGGGUUGCUGUACUUCGGCAUUGGCAACCAGGCGGCGCAAAUCUUCAACAACUACAACUAUGUGUUCUUUUCGAUCAUGUUUCUCAUGUUUACCGCGUUCAGUUCGAUGACUAUGGCGUUUCCCCUUGAGUUGCCGAUCAUAACGAGGGAGCAUUUCAAUCGAUGGUACUCGCUGCGGGCAUACUACAUCGCCAUGACGGUGGCAGAUGCUCCGAUACAGCUUCUAUGCACCGUCACGUACAUCGUUAUCACGUACUACAUGACGGCGCAGCCUCCCGAAGCCUUCCGCAUCGGUCUCUUCACACUAAUAUGUCUGAUGGUGGCGUGGGUUGCACAAGGACUUGGUCUGCUUGUGGCUUCAUUGUUUGACGUGAAGAACGGUGCUGUUUUUGGGCCUUUCUUCAUCUGCCCGUUCCUCAUAUUCUCCGGCUUCUUCAUCCACCUGAACGACGCACAUCCCGUGAUGCACUGGCUGUUCCACAUCUCCUUUCUCAAGUACGCACUUCAAGGCGCGGCGAUGGCGAUCUUCGGCUACGACCGACCGCGGAUGGACUGCGACGAGACGUACUGUCACUAUGUGUUGCCAAAGAAGUUCCUGAAGGAAGUCGACAUGCUGAACGCAGACUUUGUCGAGGCUGUGAUAGCUCUAAGUGUGAUAUUUUUCGUCUUCCGAGUAUCGGCCUUCUACGUGAUGCAGUAUCGGAUGAAGAAUAAAAUCUAGCACCCGACAUCCACUCAUUCAACGGGCUUGUACCCCCUUCUUCGAAGGUUUUCGCCUUUCCCAUGGGGGAAAGGUACACGAAAUACACAUUCCACCGUGUAGCUCUGCUUCCUGAGCAAGAGGCCUGCACGGCUUGGACUAGUGCAGGGAGAAAAGAAGUGAUGGAUACAAAUUUUACCCUUAGCAUAUAGCAAAAUCGUCGAGGCGUCGAUCGUCGUUUUUAGGUGGAGCUUUUGUUCUUCGUUUCGCAAUAGCAUUUAAAAUCAAAGAAAAGUGUCUUUUAUUUGUGUAACUUUUACGAAUCAAUUCCAGUACUCAACACGGUGUGUCACGACUCGUGUCACAGUGCCUUCCAUAAGUGGAAGCGUUCAUUAUGAUUUCCCAUAAGACGAUUAGGUUUCAUUAUAGUUUUUUUUUACUGUUGUGAUAUGUAUGUAAAUAUGAGCGAU